AUGGCGGGCGAUGAAUCGAGUAGCUGUGUGUGGAGUAGGGAGCAGGACAAGCAAUUCGAAAAGGCAAUAGCUACUUAUCCAGAGGGCUCGGCUGAUAGAUGGGAGAAAAUUGCAGAGGAUGUUCCUGGGAAAUCGGUGGAGGAGAUUAAGGAGCACUAUGAGCUCCUGGUCGAUGAUGUCAGCCGGAUAGAAUCGGGUUUCGUGCAGGUCCCGUGUUACAACGCUUCCUCGGAUGGGUCAACCGGUGAUGAGGCGGCAACAGGCAGUUUCGGGCAGUCGAGCAAGCCCUCGAGGUCGGAUCAAGAGCGGCGUAAGGGGAUUGCGUGGACAGAGGAUGAACACAGGUUGUUCCUUCUGGGGCUGGACAAAUACGGGAAAGGGGAUUGGCGAAGUAUUUCGCGUAACUUUGUGGUGACACGAACACCAACCCAAGUGGCGAGCCAUGCCCAGAAGUAUUUCAUUCGUCUCAACUCUAUGAACAAGGAUCGCAGGCGGUCGAGCAUCCAUGACAUCACCAAUGUGAGCAGUGGUGAGGUGUCGGUGGGCCAAGGGGGCCCCAUUACGGGCCAGGGCAGUGGCACCAAGCCCAGCAAGCCUCCUGCCCCAGCCCCAGCCAUUGGGCAGCCCAUUGGGGUCUCCGCAGUUGGCACGCCCGUCAACCUCCCCCAGCCGAUUGGGUAUGGAGCAGUGGUCCCAGGCGCUCCCUUGACUAUGGGUCCCAUGACGUACCCUGUGCCGCACACCAGCCCGUUCGCCGCCGCCGCCGCCGCCGCCGUUGCCAUUGCCCUCCGCCCGCUAUCUGCAGCUCUCUAUAUCUCGAUCUCUCUCGCGCACAUACAAAGAAAAACGACUCACGCACAGUCAAGGCUCGACACCCGUCCGCCGCCAGUCUGCUACUGCUCGUCCGCCGCCGCCACCACUCCUUCGCCUGCUCUCUUCAGACACCGCCGGCCGCCCGCUUCUGAAAAUUCAGAUGUACUUUCGUAG